CAACGCCCACCGGCUGGGCGGCCUUGGAUUGGUGCGUCCGCCUCCCGGAGGCGGGGUCAGAGCUAGGCAAGGAGCAGCUAUCUGGCAGGCCAGGAAACCCCUGCGGGCGGGCUGCGUGGACACAGGCGACGUGAACAACCGGACUCGGAGAACCGGGGCUCCCGGACAGCCAGGAACCGCCCAGUAUGGCAUCAGAGAGCGGGAAGCUGUGGGGUGGCCGGUUUGUGGGUGCAGUGGACCCCAUCAUGGAGAGAUUCAAUGCGUCCAUCGCCUAUGACCGGCACCUGUGGGAGGUGGACGUGCAGGGGAGCAAGGCCUACAGCCGGGGCCUGGAGAAGGCGGGGCUCCUCACCAGCUCCGAGAGAGACCAGAUCCUGCAUGGCCUUGACCAGGUGGCAGAAGAGUGGGCCCAGGGCACCUUCAAGCUGCACCCUAAUGAUGAGGACAUCCACACGGCCAACGAGCGGCGCCUGAAGGAGCUCAUUGGGGAUGUGGCUGGGAAGCUGCACACGGGGCGCAGCCGGAAUGACCAGGUGGUGACUGACUUGCGGCUGUGGAUGCGGCAGACCUGCACCUCACUCUCGGGCCUCCUGCGUGAGCUCAUCAGGACCAUGGUGGACCGGGCAGAGGCGGAACGUGACGUUCUCUUUCCGGGGUACACACACCUGCAGAGGGCCCAGCCCAUCCGCUGGAGCCACUGGAUCCUGAGCCACGCCGUGGCACUGACCCGGGAUUCGGAGAGGCUGCUGGAGGUGCAGAAGCGGAUCAACGUCCUGCCACUGGGGAGCGGGGCUAUUGCAGGCAACCCUCUGGGUGUGGACCGGGAGCUGCUGCGAGCAGAACUGAACUUCGGGGCCAUCACACUCAACAGCAUGGAUGCCACCAGCGAGCGAGACUUUGUGGUGGAGUUCCUGUUCUGGGCUUCCCUGUGUGCGACCCACCUCAGCAGAAUGGCUGAGGACCUCAUCCUCUACGGCACCAAGGAGUUCGGCUUCGUGCAGCUCUCAGAUGCCUACAGCACCGGGAGCAGCCUGAUGCCGCAGAAGAAGAACCCGGACAGCCUGGAGCUGAUCCGCAGCAAGGCUGGCCGCAUGUUCGGGCGGUGUGCCGGGCUCCUGAUGACCCUCAAAGGACUUCCGAGCACCUACAACAAGGACCUGCAGGAGGACAAGGAAGCUGUGUUCGAAGUGUCCGAUACCAUGAGUGCCGUUCUGCAGGUGGCCGCGGGUGUCAUCUCCACGCUGCAGAUUCACCGGGAGAACAUGGCGCAGGCGCUCAGUCCUGACAUGCUGGCCACCGACCUCGCCUACUACUUGGUCCGCAAAGGGAUGCCGUUCCGCCAGGCGCACGAGGCCUCCGGGAAAGCCGUGUUCCUGGCCGAGACCCGCGGGGUGGCGCUCAGCCAGCUGUCGCUGGAGGAGCUGCAGAGCAUCAGCCCCCUGUUCUCCAGCGAUGUGAGCCGCGUGUGGGACUACGCGCACAGCGUGGAGCAGUACAGCGCCCUGGGCGGCACGGCGCGCUCAAGCGUGGACUGGCAGAUAGGCCAGCUGCGGGCCCUGCUGCGCGCCCAGCAGCCCCUGAACCCCGGGCCUGCGCCCCAGUGAUGCUGCCCAAGAUGAGCUCCUGCCCCUGCCUGGCCUGGGGCCUCGGGACAGGAUGGGGAGCUGGGGCACCCCCACCAGAGUGGCCUUGGAACCCGGCUGGCCCCUGUGGCCUGCUUGGGCUCCCUUACACCCCGCCUCUCCUGCCACCCUCAGAGCAGGUCAUCCGGCCGGCCGAGCCCUGUGGCAGGACUGCAGGGGUGACUGCGGGAUGCUGGCUCCCAUUAGCUGCCCACAGAGCCACAGAGAGGGGAAGCCAGGCAUGGUGCGCAUGCCUGUGACCCCAGCACUGUGGGAGGCUGAGGCAGGAGGAUCCCAAGUUCAAGCCCAGCCUGGGCAGUUGAGUAACUUAGCAAGACUUUAUCUCAAAAUAAACAUAAAAAUAUC